AUGCCGGCCAAAUUCACCAGACUGAUCCGGUUCGAGGAUGCCCAAGGGGCGAUUCACUACGGCGAGGCUGGCCCCGACUGGGACCAGGAUCUCCACGGCCAGACUGUCCCCACCUACGACAUCUCGGACCCAUGGGCUGCUGAGUUCCCUUGGACGGGAAAACAGGUUCGAGUGGCAAAGGUCUUGUGUCCUCUGCCGACCACUCCACUCAUGUACGCCAUCGGACUCAAUUACAAGUCGCAUGCCGAGGAGGCUGGGCUUCCGAUUCCAGCAUAUCCCGUUGUCUUUACAAAGUACGGUGAUAUGCUGGCCGAUCCGUACCAAGACAUCCCCGUCCCCCCGGUGGCCCAGUCCGAGAUGGACUACGAGGGAGAACUCUGCGUCAUCCUGGCCAAGGACGUCAAGGACCUGUCCUCGGACGAUGACAUCGCCGACUCCAUCCUGGGCUAUACUGUCGGCAACGAUGUUUCGGCCCGCUUCUGGGCCUGGCCCCAGCAGUCGGGCACUCAAUGGGGGCUCUCCAAGUCGUUUGACCACUUUGGGCCGAUCGGGCCCGUCAUCGCAUCGCCCGCCUCGAUCCCGAAUCCUCAGAAUCUGCAGCUCAAGACCAGCGUGAAUGGGCAGAUCCGGCAGAAGGGCAAUACCGACAACAUGAUCUUUGACGUGGUCACGAUUCUGAAGCAUAUGAGUCGAGGGACCACUCUCAAAAAGGGGAGCGUCAUCAUGACCGGGACUCCGGAUGGUGUCGCUGCUUGCGCUACCCCUCAGGUCUAUUUGAAGGCCGAUGAUCUGGUUGAGGUGGAAAUUGAGAAGAUUGGGAAGAUUGGUAACAAGAUGGUCUAUUGA